AUGCGUUCUAAAUGGUUCUCACAGGGUGAGAUUGACCCAAGAUCAAUCAUAAAACUCAACAAGGAAUGGGUCGUCCAGCAGGCUAUAAGUGAGCACACGUUCCAGAAAGAUCACGAUGACCAUCUCGCUAGGAGAGACCCUUCCUGGACAGCAAUUCGCCUCCUCGUCGAAGACAGAAGCGCGCGCACCAAGGCCUAUAUGCGCAUCUACAAGCAACUUAUGCACGGUGGCACGGAGGCCGAGCCGGCCAGGAAAAUCGCACAUGAUUUUGAAGAUAAAUGGACUGAUGAAGAUCCUGUGAAUGCAGCCUUCAUCGAGCUUCUCAAUGGCUCUGGUUUCUUUCUUCUGGUGAGGAAUAAAUACACCUAG